CAGAGGGAUGUCCGGCUCCGGGCCACGCUGACGGUCGCGGGCAGGACUUCCUGUCGGACAUGGCCAUGACGGAGGUGGAUCGUUUCAUGGACCGGGAGCACCUGAUCUUCCGGGAGAACACCUUGGCCACCAAAGCCAUCGAGGAGUACCUGAAGCUCAUCGGCCAGAAAUACCUCAAGGACGCCAUUGGUUCCAGCACCAUCAUCAUGAGGCCAUUGGAUGGUCCCUACUCACAGUCACGUUCCAUCACCAGCAUCCCAUGGUCGUGUUCCAUCACCAUUGUGAGAUCCUUGGGUGAUCCAGGUCCAUCACCACCAUCAUGAGAUCUUUGGGUGGUUCCAGGUUCCACCACCAUCAUCAUGAGAUCUUUGAGUGAUCCCCACUCAUGGCCAUGAGGUCAUUGGAUGGUCCCUACACAUGGUCACGUUCCUUCACCACCAUCACGAGAUCUGUGUUCCCCAUUCACGGUCACGUUCCAUCACCAUCAUCAAGAGAUCCUUCAGCGUUUCAAGAUUCCAUCACCAUCAUCACGAGGUCUUUGGUCCCCACUUUUGGUCACGUUCCAUCACCACCAUCAUGCACUCUUUGGGUGGUCCCCAUUCACAGUCACGUUCCAUCACCACCGUCAUGAGAUUUUCAUUCCCCACCCAUGGUCACGUUCCAUCACCAUCACAAGAUCUUUGGGUGGUUCCCACCCAUGGUCACGUUCCAUCACCACCAUCACGAGAUCUUUGAAUGGUUCCAGUUUCCAUCACCACCAUCACGAGAUCCUUGGGUGGUCCCCAUUCACGGUCACGUUCCUUCACCACCAUCACGAGAUCUUCAUUCCCCACCCAUGGUCACGUUCCAUCACCAUCACCACGAGAUCUUUGGGUGGUCUCCAUUCACAGUCAUGUUCCAUCACCACCAUCAUGAGAUCUUCAUUCCCCACCCACGGUCACGUUCCAUCACCACCAUCACGAAAUCUUUGGGUGGUCUCCAUUCACAGUCAUGUUCCAUCACCACCACCACAAGACCUUUGUUCCCCACCCACGGUCACGUUCCAUCACCACCAUCACGAGAUCUUCAUUCCCCACCCACGGUCACGUUCCAUCACCACCAUCACGAGAUCUUUGGGUGGUCUCCAUUCACAGUCUUGUUCCAUCAAUACCAUCAUCUCAAGACCUUUGGUUCCCACCCAUGGUCAUGUUCCAUCACCACCAUCACGAGAUCAUCAUUCCCCACCCAUGGUCACGUUCCAUCACCACCAUCACGAGAUCUUUGGGUGGUCUCCAUUCACAGUCUUGUUCCAUC